AUGGACCACGUGGAUCUCGCCGGAACACGGGACAUGGGCGCCGCAUCUUCCCCGACGGCUCUGCGGGUGUUUAUACCAUACGUUAGCGGCAACAGCAACAGCAAUGCUUAUAAUGGCGGUGCCUCCCUGACGCCGCGCCCAUCGUUGGCGGCGAAUACGUCGGGAGGCUCCACUGGUAGUAGUAACGGCGUCGGCGGCAACUCCUCAAACACGUGCUCGCUGCUGAAGCCGACGUUGGACCCCUCUCUCAUCCGGUUGUGUCCGGAGGAAUGCUGGGUGCCCGACGCGCAGGUAAUGACGUGCAUGGGACACGGCUGCGACGUCUCCUUCUCACUGUUUAACAGGAAGCAUCACUGCCGCCACUGUGGGCGGCUCUUCUGUGCGGCCUGUUGCUCGCACACCGUCACGCUGCGCAACCCCUACACUGGCCCACGCGCGUUUCGCACCUUCUCCUGGACGGAGGGUGUGGAGCCCACGGCGCCCGCGCCAGCCGUGCUGGGUCCUGCCGCUGACACAGCUGCAGGGGCGGGGGACUCCAGCAUCCCGGGCUCCUUUCGCCUGUGCCAGUCUCAACCGCAACUGCUGCACUGCCAGCAGCAGCAGUCCCGACCCCCUUCACCAUUGCCGGCGGCAACCACGACGCACCGCAUCUGCUGUGCAUGCUACUACGAGAUUCAGCUUGUUGUGCCGCGUCGGGAUGAGAGCGGGCAGAUGCGGCGGAGAUGCCGCGGGGAGCUAAAAAUGUGUCAGUGGUCGCUUCUUGUCAGGGUGCUCUCGUUCUUGAGCAUGCAUGACCUGCUGGAGGCUUCGCUUGUGUCCUCGGACCUUUACUUCAUUUCGAGAGACAACGUGAUUUGGUACCAGCACAACAUGGCCCAGCGGCAGCAGGAGGAGACGCAGCUGCGGAUCCCAAUGCGGCGACAGGGCUCCGCGCUCUCACUCCGCAGGCGUUUUCUUCAGUGGCAGAGGGAACCCCUGCAAACAUUUAGGACGGACCUUGACAACGUGUCUUUGACAGACGCCUCAAAGCGCGUCAUCUCGCUGCAUGCGCGGUACAACUUUACGCAGUUUCUCGACUUUGCGCGCCGGAAGGAGAUGGCGCGGUGCCGCGGGCUCUCCUCCUUCUCCGUCGCCGCCCGCACGCUCUUCUCAAGUCCGCUGAAGAUAGCCGUCAUCGGCGCCGCGGGUGUCGGAAAAACGUCGUUGGUGCGGCACUUUGUCGCCCCGCGGGGGAGCGACGACCAGGGCGGCGGGGGACCGCUGCCGACGGUGGGGUUCGUGCGCCACGAGAAGAUGGUGCGUCUGACGGGGAGUCUGACGGCGCACGUGAUGCUGCACAUCUACGACACCUCGGGUGAGCCACGCUUUGAGGAGCUGCGGCGGUUUAUUUGCUCCAACUGCCACGCCGUCGGCCUCUGCUACGACCCGCGCCGCAAGGUUACCCUCGUGGAGGCGGCGGACGUGAUGAUGGGGUGUCGAGCCCGCGCUUGGGCCGCAGCCCGUCGUGGUGUGCGGCAUCCUGCGCCCCGCCGAGGCAGCGGCGCAGGAGCCGGAGGUGACGGACGUGGACGCGAGCGGCAUCACCGUGCGGGGGGGCGGGUCCCUGCAGUGCGCGUGGAACGGCGGCGGGGCCUUCUUUCAGCAGCUCGUGCAGGCGCUGCUGGACCGCCUCGUCAUGGCGACAACCCCGCCGUCGGUUGCCACGGCCGCCUCCGCCACGCGCUCGGCGGGCGAUGA